ACACAGCAAAGUCACAACAAUCCAGUAAUUUGCCAUACGACUGAAGACAUCUGCUUUAUUGUUUUUCACUACAAAGUAAAAAGAAAAGAAAAAACACCGGCUAAAGAAAGAGUGUCCAACAUGUCAUGUAAAUCAUUGUUAAGCCGGUUAACAAUUGUCAGGAACCUGUCCUUCCUAAAAUAUGGGUCAGCUAUAAAUUCGUCCACGAAUCUAUUAGCGAACACAACUCCAGUUAUAAGUCACAAAUAUCAGACGAAUUUUGCAAAACAAUACUCCUCGAACGCCAAUACCAUACCCAUAGUUUCAUAUGAGGAAAUAAAGCAAUUGCCAAAACAGCCUAAAAAACUACUGAUCGAUGUUCGGGAGCCAAAAGAAUUGCAGGAGACCGGCCAAAUUCCGACAUCCAUAAAUAUUCCGUUGGGAAAAGUUGCUGCAGAAUUGGCACCAAACGUUGAUGCUGGUGCUUUCAAAGCAAAAUAUGGACGUGAUCUACCACAGAAAGAUACCGAAAUAAUAUUCCAUUGUAAAAUUGGCAAACGGUCUCUUAGUGCCGCUGAGAUAGCAAAGAGUUUGGGUUAUACAAAUACAAAAAAUUAUUUGGGAUCGUGGACAGAAUGGGCUGAAAAAGAAGGUUUGCCAAAGUAGUGGCUAUGCAGAAUAGGAAACCAUGUUCGAAUAGAGAAUGUAUUUGAAGUCUUGAAUAAAUUGAAAUUUAAAAACAAACAA